AUGGCUAAGCAGGACAGUCCCCUUGACGUGGUUAUCAUUGGCGCCGGGCUCGCCGGGUUGUUAGCCGCCCGAGUACUACGCGAAAAGCACAACGUCAAAGUAUACGAGCGGUCAUCUUCGCCAAUCGAGGUUGGUGCCGCUAUCAACGUUGGGCCAAACGGUGUUCGGAUCCUCGACACCCUUGGUUUCGACCGUUCCAGGGCUGGAUCACUUCCUGUUGCGGCUACCAAGGUCUUUACAAAGGAGGGCCAUCUCCAGUUGAAUGAGAAUAACAACUAUGUGGAUAAAUAUGGCGCUGACUGGCUCUUUCAACAUCGAGCAGACUUGAGAGGGGAGUUUCUUCGGUUGGCGACUGAGGAUACUGGCGUUUCGGGUAUAGCAGGGAGACCGGCUGAGGUGCUUUGGGAUCAGAAGGUUAUCGACAUCGAUCCAGAAGAGGGUCAAAUCACACUGGCAUCGGGUGAACAAGUCAAAGCAGAUCUUGUGAUUGCUGCGGAUGGCAUUAAGUCUAUGGUGAGGCCAUACGUAAUCGGCGAUGCUGUGUUCCAGACAGCUAGGCCAUCUGGUCUAUCAGCCUUUCGUUUCACUUUGGAGCUUCACGACAUUAAAGCAGCUCUCGAGCAACUACCAGAAAUUUUGCAACGUGAUAAGCCUACAUGCUUGUCCAUGGUGUACUCUUUCGACAACACCAUGCGAUCUGUUGUUAUGUAUCCCUGCAGGAACUUUGAACUUCUUAACUUUGUAUGCAUCGUUCCAGAUAGUAGCCUGAAGGAGAAAACAACAGAGUCUUGGACGGCUUCCGGGGAUAAGAAGGAACUUAUGUCGCUAUUUUCAGACUUCCCCUCUUGGGUGCACGAUUAUUUUCGGAUCGCAAAGAACAUUAAACUCUGGCAGCUUCGAGACCAGGACCCUUUACCGACCUACAUUCGUGGUCGAACAGUUUUGAUUGGCGAUGCGGCCCAUGCUAUGACGCCUCACCAAGGACAGGGCGGAACACAGGCCGUGGAAGACGCAGAGGGGUUUCGGCUGUUCCUCCAACGAGGCAUUGCCAGCGAGCAUGUUCCUGAGCUGCUUCAAGACUUUGAUUCUGUCCGCCGGCCGCGCGCAAGCCAGAUCCAGAAUAAUACUAGAAAGGCCAAGAACAAGAGGACUGCCGAAGAGGUGUAUAUGUUUGAGAAGAUAAAUUGGACCUAUGGUGGUAUUCUUGAGGAGCUCAAGGCUGCGAAAGAGGCUGCAGCUAUUUGUAGAAAUAAAUAG